GUUCCUUCGAGGUUCUCAGGCAUGCUGGACGCGAUCCUGUACCCGACGAUGCAGGGGCACGACCCGAUCAAAGGCAUCGUUUCUUUGGAGACCAUGGUGCAGAGGUAUGAGGAGCAAACGGGACAGAAGGUGAUGGAGUCGACCAAGAAGUCAGUGAUCAGCACGCGCCUGGUACCGCAGAAGCUGAGAGAGCACCUGAUGCUGAACGCGACGAAAUUCACCGCGCACACGCUUGCGAGGGCAGAGGUGCUGAACUACUUGAGGUCGAAGCAGGCGGCGCUGGCGUUCAACGGACCUGCACCGAUGGAUUUGGACGCGCUGACGUUCGGGAAGCAGGGCAACGCCGGCAAGAGUCAGAGCAGCCAGGGUAAGGGCGGCAACGGCAAGGGCUAUGACCAGAGUGGCAUCCCACAGUGCAAGUAUUGCUUGAAGAGAGGUCACGCGCCCAAGGAGCGCAGAAAGGCAGCGCAGGACAUGAAGGAUGGCAAGAUCACCAAAGAGGAGCUCUGGAGGAUCAGUGAAGGCAAAGGCAAGGGCAAAGACAAUAACAAUAAGACGAAGACGCUGACGCCCAAGACCAAUGACAAGGCUGUCAGCUAUUUAGGUCCAGACUACGACGCCGAGGAGGGCUACAUCUUCAUGAUCGAGGCGAGCGAGGACGAGGAGCUUGAUCACAAUGCGAAGUUAGAUCACAAUGAGGAUACAGAGAAGGGGCCCAAUUACGACAAGUACGAGAAUGACGAGAGCGACCUGAUUCCGGCAAGCGAGUUUGCCAACGAUGACGACGGGAAUAUCGAGGUUAUGGUCGAUUCAUGCGCGGCGAGUGGAGGCGUGGUGCUAAGCCCCAUGAUGAGCAAGAAGAUCAAGGAUAUGAUAAUGAAGGGGGGUAACAAGUCGCUCGAGAUCGCGAAGGGGCGCAGCAUCUACAGCUUCGACGUGGCCGCGCGCUCGCUUUGCCCACUACCAGCAGCAGAAGAUCAAGUACCUGAGCCACCCGAGCCGCUGGAGAGCGAGGAGGCGCAGCUUCCCGAGAGGAAGAAGGAGAGAUACAAGCCGGCAGCGGAGGAGAUCGCCAUCCACGAGAGGGCUAAUCCCGACGAGGCGCCGACGACGCCUGUGAUUCGCAUGGACUAUUGCUUCGUGAACACCGAGACGGAGACGGACAUGGUCACUAUCUUGAUUAUGGUUCAGAAGCCAGAGGACUCCGUAGCGUCGAUCGCGGCGAUUCAGAAGGGGCCCAGCGAGUGCGUCAAUUCAGCAGCGAUCACGGCGGUGAAGAACAGGAGGAAGCACAGCGCACAGGUGGAGAAGUCACCGAAGGGGUCACAUCAGAGCAACGGGGCGAUCGGGAACGCUGUCGAGAGAGCGGAGUCGCUGUCGCGGACGUUGCGCAGCGAGCUCGAGGCGAACCUGGGCGUGAAGAUCGGGCCGAAGAGUUUGAUCAUGCCGUGGCUGGUCAGACGCGUGGGUUACUUGCUCACGAGGUUCGCGAUCGAGACGGGCGGCGGGGCAGCUCGGGAGCGACUGGGGCGCGCCAAGUUCAACGACGAGGUCAUCGCGGGGGCGGCGCGAGGCAUCGAGCGCGCCAGGGCUGCGAAGUUAAGGGCCAAGGGGGAUCGGCACAGCAAGGAGGUGUACAACAUGUUUAUAAGGGGGCCCGUCAUGCACAACAUGUUUUCUGGGGGUCAAGGACCAGAACGAGGCGGUUCGGCGAAGAGGCAUAUCACGCAGGCGCUGAUUGAGGAGCAUGGGCCCACGGACGGGGGCGCAGCUUGCGAUGGGGAGCUCAGCGAGACACAACGCGAGGCGCAGGACUUUGUUCGCGAAGAUCUUCGACGAGGCGGGACCUAA